AGGGGGGUGUUGGGAGGGGGGGGAGGGCAGAGCGAUGCGGCGGCAGCAUGGCCCGAUGGUUCAAGGAACACCUGGGGUUCAGGAGCGCUCGCAGUCCGCCGCAGCCGCCCAAACCCGACUACCGGCAGCAGCGCCCGGGGGGCGGAGAGCCCGACAUCCUCACCGCCUACAAACUGCAGAAGGAGCGGGACUUCGAGGACCCGUACACCGGCGGCGCCCGGUGUCUGCAGCGGCUGCGAGCCGCCUGCGAGGAGGCGGAGGUCGGCGGGUCGCAGCCCGCGCCCACCGCCGGCUCCGGCUGUAGCCCUCACCCCAACCCGACAGCUCCCGCCCCCGACAUCAAGUACAUCUCUCCCAAACACAGGCUCAUCAAAGUGGAGAAGCCCGAGAAGAGCAGCGGCAAGUCCCCAACUACCCCCGAGGAGAGCAAACAGGACAAGGUCAUUAUUCUUGAAGACUACGCUGAUCCGUUCGAUGCUAAGCAGACUAGUGGCGUGACCCAGGCUGGACAGGAGAAAGUGACUGAAAACGAUGGAUAUAUGGAACCCUAUGAGGCUCAGAAAAUGAUGGCAGAAAUCCGCAGAAGAGGUUCAAAGGACGCACCGACCAACAAACCCCUGCACCUCUAUGACACGCCAUACGAGCCGGAAGAGAACGGAGCCGACUCAGACACGGAGAAGCCGGCCGGCCAGCGGCCCCGCGAGAGCCGCCUCCCCGAAGACGACGAGAGGCCCCCGGACGAAUACGACCAGCCCUGGGAGUGGAAGAAGGACCGUAUCUCCCGAGCGUUUGCAGUAGAGAUUAAGGUAAUAAAAGAGCUGCCCUGGCCUCCGCCCGUAGGACAACUGGACAGCGGAACGGCGAAACCAGAAGGGGACGUCCCAGCUUCUCACUGCCAUCUGCCACAUCCACACCAUCAACCGCACUCACAGCCCCCUCAGGAAGACAGCAGUGUUCAGUUUGAUGGCGCUGACAAGAUUCACCUCUCUCCCUCGAAGGACGAAAAAGUCCGGGUCCACAACCGUCUCUCCAGCGGCAACCUGAAGGCUCUGAAGCAUCCUAGCCUGGACCUCCCCCCGACACUGGGGGAAAGGGUAGAUCCCACACUCUCACUGGAGAACCAAUUCUGGUAUCACGGUGCAGUAGGUCGUACGGAUGCAGAAAGCCUCCUGCGACUGUGUAAAGAAGCCAGCUACCUGGUCAGGAACAGUGAGACCAGCAAGAAUGAAUACUCGCUCUCCCUCAAGAGUAACCAAGGAUUCAUGCACAUGAAGCUUUCUCGAACCAAAGAGAAUAAAUACAUUCUGGGUCAAAACAGCCCACCGUUUGACAGCAUCCCUGAGAUAAUCCAAUACUACGGCAGCCGGAAACUACCCAUCAAAGGAGCUGAGCACAUGUCCCUCCUGUUCCCAGUGGCAAUCAGAACUCUAUAGCAGAUCAGCAAGCCUGACCAAGGCUAAAGAUUUCACUGUGCGUAUGUAGAAACACUCGCAUGGCUUGCAGACACAAAACGAGAUAGGAUUUCCAGAGUUGGCAGCUGAGCCCCCAACCUGUCAGCAUCUAACCCAGGGCUUCCUCCUGUACCUAAGACACUUUACUGCUGCUUCACAGCUAAUUGGAGAUGACCCCUUAUUUUGCUGACUGACAGCAUGCAGCCAAACAACAAAGUUGUUGAGACUUCAGGUGACAGGAAGGGUUAUUUGUUCCUUUUUAUAACAAUGUGGGGGCAGUUUGUAUAUAUCUGAUGUUUAUUUGUGUGUGUGGGGGGGUGGGAGCUGGAGGGAAUCCACUUACAUUUAAGGCUUCAGCAGUUUUAGACCUCUGGCCCCAUAUUUCAUUCCUGGUAUUGAAAUAAGAGGCAAACUUUCAAGGUGUGAAGGAGUUGUGGUACAGUUGGGACACAGAGGCACCUUAUAACAAAUGCUAGUAAAUACAGGUCUAGCACAAUAUUUCACGGCCAUAUCCUUGUAAAGAGCAAAGUGAACAUUAACCUAUUCCCAUAUAAGCAUUAAACUCAAGUUUCAGCAUUCCUUUUCUACGCUUGAGCUAUGGAUAAUUAUUUAUAAUUGAAUCACAAUUUGUUUGAACACAACUGAAGACGUUGGAUGCUGUUGCUAUGGAAAAAUGGGGUCCAAUGGCAGGACAUACUGGUUGAAAAUAAUUGCCACACAAAUCACUUCCAAAUCCUUCUGAAAACAAAGAGCUGAAUAGCACUCACUCAGGCCCCAGUGCUAAGGAGAAAAGACAAUCGCCACUUGAAUUGCAGAGUUUGUGCAAUUAAACCUCAAACUUGAACCUGAACCCGAUUGAACAAGAGUAACAGAAGUCCUUGGGACAGCUAUUGUCAAAGGGCAGGAAGCCCCCCACAGCAGCUACAACACAAUGCUAACAAGGUGAGAAAAAAAACUAGACAAGUGCAGAAAUAAGCUAGUGAAUUUUGUUUCUUUUCUUACCAAGAGACAUUUAAGGAUCUUUGUUACAACUCCUGUCCUCUCGCUAUUAUUCAGCUGUUGAACAACCGUGUGCAGAGUGUAGCGAGCAAGGUUUGUGAAGGCAGGACUCCUGUAAGAUGCUGGCCAAGAUCACAGGCUCCAUCAAAUGUUGGGUGUGAAGACUCGUCAACUUUCUGUCUUAAGCAGAAAAUAGGAGUUGGACUUGGUCAGAAAGAAACUUUGAGAAUUCAUGUCAACACUCACAAAGGCACAAAUUUCCUAUAUCAAGUGGCCCAGCAGCAUCUCGUCCAGCGCAUCAAAGUGGUGAACUGUGUCUCGGGUCAUCUGGUACAUAUUUAUUAAAAAUAGUAAUGGAGCGGUCAAGAGUGUGAUUUCCAAUAUGAUGUAAACUAUCAGAAUAAAAUUCUGAAUGCUCAUUUAA